GGGUUUGAGUUUUACUAGCUAUGCUAUUGGAAAUCGUUUCGCUAAUAAUUUUAAUGGCAUGUUGUAUCAAGAGCAAGGAUUCGGUAGUGGUCGAGGGCACCUAAGUGGUUUAGAAUGCCUCAGUUUUCAGCAAAUUGGAAGAUUAGAAGGAAACACUUUUCACGGUUGUGGAAGAUUUGGUACAUAUUUACUCGCAAGUGUGUUCACAAAAAAAACCGACAGAUCGGUUGAUAAAAAUGGUUUACCAACUUUAAGCACAUGUCAAGAAUGGACUGCAAGUGGUGAAGAUAACGGAUUACCAGCGACAUUUAUGCAUAAUAUAGAUUAUGACAAUGUAUUUGUAGGCCAAUAUAAUGCUGGUGAUUUACAGUAUCGAUUCCAUACAAGUAUUAAUAACAACAAUUUGAUUUACUGGAAAGAAACAAAAAAUUUUCAAGACGGUUGUUCCUCUCAUAUUGCUGACUCGUUUUAUGACUCAGGCAAUUUGGCUUUGCCUGGUGGUCAUGGAGCGUUUAUUUUGGAAAAUAUGAUUUUCAAUAACCGAGUUCACUUUGAGUCAAGCCAUCAUUGUCAAAUUGGAGUAACUGUCAAUGGAGGCCAAUUCGACAUGAAUCUAACGAGUAAACAAGGUUAUAUUUACAUUAAAAAUAAUGGUCUCAAGCAUCCGACGAUUCAAACUCGUGCCUUUGGUUCCUAUAAUGCCGGUAAAAUACAUGUUAGUGGUCGCUCUCUUGCUAGAACGUGGUCUUUACUAGCUGAUAGAGCUACAUACGGUAUGAGUUCAAUUAGUCUCUUACACAAACCUGAAGAUAUGGGCUGGAAAGUUGGUGAUAGAAUUGUUAUAGCUCCAACUAUGCCAUCCUCAAGAGGGGAUGCUGAAGAUUACACGAUUGGAGGAUUCGAAGCUAAUAAUACUAUAAAAUUGCUUAAUAAAGGCGGAACUUCUAUUGGUGUUAUAUCGUCAUUUUUUGAGUCAAAAACCGUGUAUACAGGCGAAAAUAUGUCUGCUCUCAUGCAAGCUGAAGUCAUUAACCUUUCGCGUAAUAUUAUAAUUACCGGCGACGAUUUUCAGCAUGUUAAUUGCG